UUUUAUUACAGAAAUAAUAUCAAUUUCCAUUCAUUAAUUUCCCUGAAGUAAUUGAAAUGUUCUCUUAAUUUGCAGUAUGAAUUGGUUAAUCUUUAAAUUAUUGUGUGUUAAGGCAGUGAUUGGAUAAAAGAAUACUGAUAUUCAACAAUCUGGACCAUGCUGCCAAAUGGCUACACAUAGCUGCUAUCAAGAUGUAUAUACAGUACACGGCGAUGGUCAAGCAAGUUUUUCUCUGAGACAUCCUUUCGUCAAUAUAAAGUUUACGAAAUUUCCUAUUUGCGGAAGCGACAUAGGAGUUGACCAACUACAAUUUCUUGAAAGAAGUGACAAGAACGAUGGGCAGGUUUCAACACUCGAAAUGGUGUUCAAUGGGAAGGGCGAGAUUACGUCAGACAACAUUGAUCUCAAAGGCAAAGAACAAGUACAACGAGCAUCAAAAUAUGCAUACUUCUGCGCCAAUGGCAUAUCCAGUGAUGAUUUUCCACAGGACUUAACGGGCGACAUUUCAGCUUCAUGUGCAGUUUUACUGGAGGCAAUCAAAAAAAAAAACAAAAAAAAAAGGAGCAUAUUAAAUGGAGACAUCAUAAAGAAAGCACAAAUUUCAAAGACAUUUGCUGAAACGUUGCUUUUAAAACAAAACAUAGUAUCGUCGGAAGAUCAAAGUCUCAUUAAAAGCUGCAGAAAAAACACACAGAAAGGUCUUGAGCAGCUUUACGAUCAUUUAGCGCGCCGUGUGGUUGAAAAUCCUGAAUUAUUGAAACAAAAAUCAGUGGUACCCAUCUUUUACAGUUUUAUGAUGAACCUUCUUUGGCAGAUCAACACAUUACGGGAUAUAUGUAGAUAUUUACUGCUGGUACAGAACAUGAUCGGAAUUCAAUUAUUCUCAUACGGCUUGCAUGCAAUUGGAGUUGAACUUCAAUACAUGAUUUCCAAAACGGAUGAGGUUAUGACCAACACUUGUUCGUUUGACGUUUACAAAUCACAUAUUCUGGGUAAAAAGAAUGCAUUGAAUGAGUUUAUGUUGUCUUGGCAGCGUUUGAUUCAGCAGACAGAGGACAUUCGUUUUUUGUCAUUACUGAGCCAAUUCGACAAACUUAUUUCUGAAGCAAAGAGAUACCAUGUGAAUUUCGUAGAAGAGUACAUGCAAGCAUUGUAUAAAGAAAAAGAUGCACUAUUAUUUCAAAAAUACUUAUCAGGAUUACAAAGUGAUGACGUUGAAAUCGACGGAAUCGAUCACGAAGUCUGCUUCUUAUGCGGUUCGAAGAAACGACAGGUUGUUGUUGAAUGCUGCAAGAAGGAGAUUGUAUCAAAACAAAAGCGCUCUCUAGCGGCUCGACGUUACACUCUCUUAAAAACCAUUGAUGGAGUCCCCUCUGAGCAAAACGUGUAUAAAGCAAAAAAUCCGCAAGAUUUCACUGUUGAGUUUCGGUCUGGAGAAGAAACAACAAAUGCUUGCUUUAAGGAGACAUUAACGUUUCAACCUGAUUUCAAACGUUUGACGUUCGAAAUUCCAAAGCAGAACGGUCCUGUUGAUGUGACCAUUCACUUGAAUCAACCAGAUGAAUAUCUUGAAUUUCGAUUACAAGCAAAACAUAUCGACGUUGCAAUUCUCGGCAAAAAUGAAGAAGAAUUGCAAUCGUGGAAAGAGGAAGAUUGUGCGAGGGAUCUGAUUGCAAAAGGGGUUCUCCCUCAACCAAACAUUCUAAGGAGUUUAUGCUCACACUAUGGUCGAAAAUCUGAAAUUAUAACGGACAUCUGCACAAACAUAUGUGCUGUAAUCCGAUUAAGUUUAGACGAAAACCUGAACGGUGCCACUAUCCAUUUAAUUUAUCCAGCCUUUCAAGAAGAAGAUGAAUGUGCUAUCAUUUUCGUGAUUCUGCUAGAGAGUGAUCUAGAUGCAAUAGAUGUUCAGUUUGGCUAUCAAUGUGAAAUACUUUUAAAGAGAAAUAAUAGGCCUGAACUUCAUUACGUUUCAGAAGAAACGCUGGAGAGAAAGAUGACACUGCCACUUGAGCAACAGAAAAAACUUCAAGAUACAAUUUCGGAACACUGUGGACAGUUGUUUGAAGAACAUAAACACUUAAGCAUUAUAACAACAUCCGCAAUAAAAUCAAAAGGCUUUCUCAGACGUGGCUGCACAGAGAUUACAAACAUCACACCAGUUAUUAGGUUUUGCGUCCGAGUAAAAGGAUAUAUUCCCCUUAAUGAAGACAAAUUCAGCCCUGUGUACAAUGGAUUUUCAACGGACGUUAUCGAAGGAGAGUUCAUUCCUUUCGCUGGAAAGGCAACGGAUCGAUUGCAACAGUUACAAUUAGGUUGCGAAAUAAGUCGCAACUCGACCUUAGGAGGAACUCUUGGGGGAUUCGCCUUGCACCCGACAUAUGGCUUCUGCGGUUUUACAUGCGCACAUGCUCUUUUAUACCCAGAAGAAAUGGACAUAUUGGUGAAGAAAUUUAUUAUUGGUUACAACAACUGGCCAGGAAGUCAUUCAAGAAGCAUUUAUCAGCCAAGAGCAGGCAAUCAAGAUGAUGAAGCAGGCACUCUUGUUGAGGCUAUUUACGAUGCUGCAUCCGGAAUAGAAAUAGCCUUUUUUAAGAUUGAGAAAUCGCGGGAACCGCGAGAUGGGAAGUUUCCUAAAGAUUACGAAAACAAAGAUACAAAUUAUCGUUAUGAAGAGGGACAAUGUGCAAGUGAUUUCACGAAGAAAGAGGCGUUUUGGAAAUUUGGGUGCGCAUCAAAUGCAACACGAGGAUUUCUCGUUCGACCAGAAACUGCCUGGUGCAGGUUUAAUUGCGGUCUAUACCUUGCAAAUAUGUUCACCGUUAGCGGUGAGUUUGCGUGUAAGGGUGAUUCUGGGGCUCUAGUGUUCCGUGAUGGGGAUCCUAUAAGAAUGAAAUGCGUGGGUAUUGUUGAAGGUGGUCAAGAUGGUGAAGAUGGUCAUUAUUUUAUUUAUGUUUCACAAAUACUGCCAAUACUUCAAUAUUUGGAUACCAACAAUUUGUUUGACUUUAGAUUGUUGCGCAAGUAACAAACGCUGAUUGGAUUGAAUAUCAUUCGAAGUGAAUGCACAACUAGUGCGUUACAAAUUGUUUACAUUGUAUUUUACUUGAUACGUAAUGUAUUUGUAAUACGGUGGAUUAUUAGCUUUAUGGUAACAAAGCCUUAUAACCACGCCCUAGGGUAGUAGCGUUCUUAAAAUCUCAAUCAACGGCUCAGGUUUCAGAGAUCUUUUUUACGUUAAUAUAAUUCACAGCUAUGAAACUAAAUGAAUGUAAACUUAAGCAUACAAUACACGAGUACACAAUUAAAACACGAUAUUAUGUUAACAUUGAGAUAUUCCUCAUAAUACCUAUUCAAGUGGCCGAAAUAUUACAUAACGUAUUGUUGGUUGACAAUCAAUGGAGUGAAUACAUCACCCGAAAUAUUAAAAUACAACUUGUUACAAAAAUCUUAAACAAGUGAGUUCAUAAAUAUAACUCAUAAUAUUAACAUGCAGCGUUAUAUCACCAUCUUGAUAUUUAGAAAUAACUAAACAAUUACAUGUCAAACUAAUUUAAAUAAUACUGCUCAAAUUAUUACAAUUUCACUUCUUAUCAAAAUACACUAAAACUCUAAAAGUAUAAAUAAAUUCAAAUUAUACAUUCUAAAACUAGUUGACUUAUCUUCAAUUACUUUUCCCUCAAAUUUUAAAUUCACAAACCUAUCGAAUAUGGUUCAAAACUUGGAAUGGAAUUAUCCAGAUCACUUGAAUCCAGGUCACGUGCAAUCUUCGUCUUCAAUAAGUGUUCACACAAAAUAACCGAAAAACUGAAAAGAAUGUCUAUAAACAAAUAUUGCUAAGCAUACACAAGAUUGAAAUUGUAAUUAAUAAUCAUAAAACGGCAAUCUAUUCCGAAACAUUUUCAUGACUUCCGUCACUCAAUCUCACAUACCUACUUACCAAUACUCCUGAGCUUAUUUUAGUGUGCAACGCAUGGAACCUGGCAUCAUAUGAGCUGCUGUCCAUUCCAUAUAUCACGUAACUGCUUUUUUCUCAGGAUCUCUUCUUGUCCUUUCGGAACUUCGGAUGCGGAAACUGUCUUUAUCUCAUCUUCUUUGUGGUUAACGGAACGUCCUCAAGUGUUGAAUUCAACGUCUCGUUGCUGAAAGUACCUUCAACAACGGUCUGUUCAGCUUCAUCUAUGUUCUCAUAUAUCUAAGGACCUCUUAAUUCUGCUUCGGCAACAUCACUGUUGUCCACUUCAACUUCGACCUUUCCAAUGUCCUCAUAAAUCCACUCAUGUUCUCAAGAUCAGACUGAAACUGAAGAGCUUCUCUUUUCUCAUCAUCUGUAUCAUCUAUGUGUAACACAUCCAUCUCAAUUUAUUUAUUUGUCUUAUGCACCGACACACGGGUGUCCCCGUGAACAUAUGCAUGUGGGACAUAAAUCAUAACAUCAUCAUUUGGACUGCAUUCUCUGGAUGUAUCCUUUUGCUAUCUCUGUUCUGUUUUCUCAAUCUUCUAUUCUAUGACACUAUCAUCUCUCACCCGUAGGCUCAAUGAUGGUUCCGUUGCAGGGUCCUAGCCCUUCCGGUACAGUUACCUUCUUAAUUUUACACCGGUACUUCUUCGUUAUGUCCUCACAACGUGUUAACCUCAUAUUCAAACUUGUCACUUAGAUUGUGUUUUCAUUCUUCCCUAGCCAAAAUAUUCACUAUUACCUGAUCUCCCCGCUCAGGUACAACUUAUUGUUCACUCUUUUUUUACCAUCUUGCUCUUCUAUUCUAUACAGAACACCUCUUGACGUGUUUCCAAUUCUUCUGCAUUUUUGUACCUUAUUUAGUGAAGUCAUUUUCUGUUAUAUCUAUCUUUCAUCGCAAAUCUCCAUUUUUCCAUCACGGUGUCCACUAUAUUCUUCCUUCUGAUUCCCCUUUACUCUUCUUGGGCCAUUGGGGUACUGGUGAUUUCAGUAGCUUCUACUUUGUUUAAAUUUAUAGUGGACAGAGUGUAUAUGUAUAGUGCAUACAAUUUGCUCUUACUGCAUCUCUAUCUAACUUCAAUAUCUCUUCAGUUGCAUUCCACUCCUGUUUCAUGAACACUAUCUUCUCAUAUGGGUACCGACUGAGUGUAUAUGCGUCUCCAUUCUUGGCUCCAUUUCGGUUUCUAACUUCAAAAACAUAAUCUGCCAGUGCAGCUGCCCAUAUUUGGCUUGUAGCAGCAAGGUUGGAUAAAGAGAGUUUAUGAGUCAGUGUCAGUAUAUACCAUGAAAUGAUUUUCUGUCAAAUAAUCCAAAAUGUUUGAAGUCCACUUAAACGCCAAAAAUUAUACUCUGUAUAACUCUUCUCAGUUUACCUAAUUGCCCUGCCUUUAUCAUACCAUUGUUGACAUAGUACUGCUGGCAUUUCAAAGGGCUUACUAAAUUCCGGGUAGGCGGGUGUUGAUUGGCUCGUCAAUAGCUCUUUAUAGUCUUGAAAUGAUGGUAUCCACUUUUCCUAUUCAUUGUAGUGAAGUGUAAGCAGUCAAACAUCUUUUCUAUUUUAGGAAAACCGUAGGCAACUUUUCGUUUAGCAUCGUGUAAUUCACACGUCGCUUUUUAUUGUUCUUUAUUAUCAAAACUACGGAUGAAACCCAUGGCAACAUUGAUGGCCGUAUGAUGCCACAUGACAGCAAAAUGUGACCUGACUCUACUAUAGCAGGUGGUAUCCGCCGUCGACGUUGCCUGGUAUAGGAUUAAUCAAUUCAAUUCCGUCUGCCGUCAUCCGUAUCGCUUGUGCUAAAAAUAUCACGAUGGUGUAAAAGUAAGUUAUUCUGUUCUUCAUUAAGUAAAUGAUCUUCAUAUAUCUUUAGCUCUUCAGCUAUCUUCCUUCUCUACUGAUCUAUGUCUACUCCUUCCAUCUUUUUUAAAACUUUAGUGUCAGUGACUGUUACUGGUUGCCUUUGUUGAAAUAUUUAUGGGAAUGAUUCAAAAUGAAAAUUGUAACUUUAUUGGCAUCUGCAUGUGAAUAGUGUAUGACGCUAUGUGAAACUCUCAAGCAAUCUGGAAGGCUGGACCUAUUAGUACCACAAACAAUGGCUGCCGUAGGCUUGUGAUCAAUCUUCUGGUCAAUUCUACCCAAUGAUGUCCAUGUUGUGUUUGAAUUCAAUGUCAACUUGUGUGGUAUAGCACAUCUUAUGAUUCACAACCUUUUCUAGUUUUUUUAAAAAUAUUUUCUCUAGUCACUAUAGUCCUAAAGCAGGAGAACCAGGGAAAUUAAAGCUUAGCUAUCUGUAAAUAUCAGCAAAAUUUCUGUCUUCAGUCGUCCUGAAUUUCUUGCAAAAUGAUGGUCACUAAUGAAUGGUUUUGAACUCGAACCUUUUGUUUCGGGUGAUAUCAAAAAUGAUGCUGUUUGCAUCUUACGUUAUUGGAUUUCUGAUUUCUAUGUCAUCUACUUCAACUUCAAUUUAUCCUGAGUAUGGAAGCAAAGUUCUACCUGCAAAUUCAAUUUUAAAAUUUCAGAUUUGAAUUUAAUUCAUUUUUUUAGUGUUAUGUUCGCUUCACCUUCUGGUAUAGAACCAUCCGUAAUGUCCUUUGUGCCCUGGUCCGGCCAAUCAAACAAGGCACCUAUGCGUUUAAAGUCUCUAUAUGAACCGCCCGUGAGUAUGCUGCUCUGCAUUCCUUCACAUUAAGAUCAUGGCCAUCACACCUGUGACAACAAACGAUGUAAUUGUUGGUUCUUAUUUGGCGCCAUGGUUUGUAAGUUCCUCGGCCUCUAUCGCUAACUAUGUGUAAACUUCCCGACUGUCUUAAAUAUCUCCCGCUUCCAUAACAGCAGGGUUGAUAUUGUUGCUGUUUGUGUGCAUGAGGUCCCGCUGCUGUUGUUGUUGCUGCUGCAAUUUGUCAAUCUUAUUGUUGAGCUGUUUGUUCUUUUCCAAAGUGUCAUAUAGUUUCUUACUCAUAUUCUCAAGUCUGUUUUAUGUGACUGAGAGUUCUGUGCCGCAUGACAAGUAUUUUUGUACUUCCGUCUGAUUGGUCAGGCUUUUCAUUUCAGCUUUAAGUUUCCUAAACUCAAUCUUAAACCUAUCAUAAUCUUUGAUGGUUUAACUCAUGAAUUGAGCAACUGGUUGAAGAUCAAUUCUCAAUCCUUGUAGUAAUAGUAAAAUUAAUUAUUUCAGUAAAUGUCAUCUCCCUGUUGUACAACUUUAAGUUCCACUCCUUAUGCAAAUAAAUCCUGAAGCUUGGAUGCAUAUAUGUUUACGUGAUCCAAUCCUUAAGAGCAGAAAUACAAUUUCCUUAUAAAAACUCCUUUGAUUUAAUAUUCCCUAAAUUGCCAUUCAUUAAUCUCCUAACAGUAUCAUUAGCAGUCUCCACAACACUCGUUAUAAUGCCUAAAAGUAUUUGUUUAUCGUUAAAAGUCUUCUUUUGACUAGGGAAUCAAUUUCAAACCUGUACGCAUCACAAGAUGCUUAUCCUUUCUUUUAUUCACCAGAAACAAUGACACUUUCGGAAAGUGGAACGAUUUCCCGGGCGCUGGGUCUGAUUGCUGUUGCUGGGCUGGAGCACUGUCUUCGUGUAUUCCGUCAAAACUUCUUUAAACCUUCUGGGCAACUCACACCUAGUUCUAAUUUCAGUUCUUGAAAUGCUUUAAAUAUAUGCAAUGCCUCUUCAAAGUCAUAUUCAUUUACUUAUUAACGAAUUUUCCCAAUACUCUGUACCGACUGAUAUUCCUAAAUUAUCCUUUUCAAGGAACAUAUGUAGUGUUUGAUUAACUUGAAUCAUCAUAUAAGUUCAAAGUUCAAAUCAAUAUCAAUUACUAGCACACACUGACCACUUAACUGCUCAAUACCGCAAAUUAAUCAUAAGCAAAUUAUCUCAUAUCAAAUAUCAAUUCAAAAGCAUCAACUGAAUUGGUAUAUAAAUUAAAAAAUACCCUUAAUAACUACUGAAUGGCAUCGGUAAGGCAAUAAACAAAUAAUCACUAAUGCAUGCAGUUGAUUGUCAAUAAUCAAUAUAACACAAUACAAACAUCCGAAAUAAACUAAGUGGAAAAAACAAAUUUAAAUUCGAAAUCAUAUUUUUUUAAAGAAAUGUCUAAACACUUAAGUCAGCCUUAAAGAAAAAGGUCACUAAAUAAUCAAAGUUUUUACCUCGAGCGAACAUGUGUAUCUAGCAUUGAAUGUGCGUACGAGGGUUUUUCUCAACCUUAAGUAUUCUGACUAAAGAGUAAGUCUACAUGAUACUAAAAGUAAAUUGACCGUGCAUUCAUGUAUGUUUACACAUGAGCAGUAGAUAAGCUUAUCCUAUUAUCAAUUCAAUGAAAUUUGGAAUGUAAACAGUCAAGAUGAUAGCUGUAGUGACUAAGUAGUGAGAAAUGAAUGCUAAAGUACACAUUCAGACAAUAAGUGAAGUGCCAUCACCAAAUCAUGAGAAAGAUUCAGUUAUGCAUGCAUAUGACCACACUCUGUCAAUCUUACAAGAUCUCAUAUGAAAAAAAUCACUUCUGCAGCUAUGACAAAUGAACAAGAAUAGUUGCAGAAUCAACUUUGGCCACUAGAGUAUAUGGAUAACUGGAUAAAAGUCCUUAAUCACAAAAUCACAGCUUCUACAAUUCACAUUUGCUGUAUAUAAUGUUUGCCUUUAACACUAUAUAAAACGCAGCAAAACAGUAAAAUAUUUCAACUGUGCAGAGGAGUAAGGGUUCAAUCCUUUUUGCAACUUUACAAUGUCAUUGUAAAUCAGAUAAAAUAUGCCUUGUAGUAGGUAAAGACGUUGGUUAUUUAACUGACUUGUUAAUGCAUUUGAUUUGUGGCACUAUUAUAAUAGUUCAAAAUCACUGUGGUGAAUUAUGUUUGAUUUUACUAGUCGUUAAUGUGCAUGAUUCAGGUCACUAUUACAAUAAGUCAAAAUUACUGUUGUGAAUUAUGUUUAAUUGUACUAGUUGCUAAUACGCAUGAUUGACGUCUUUUUUAUUGUAGCUCAAAAUCACUGUUGAUUGUAUUAGUUGUUAAUGCGCAUAAUACAUCUCACUAUAAUAGUAGCUCAAAAUCACUGUGGUGACGGACAAUGGCUUAUAAAUUAUCUGUAUGCGUACGAAAGCUUUUUGUUAGGGCGAUUGUUUAAACUUUGAAUGUUCAAUAUUAAAGCAAUUGAUUGCUCAUGCUCACCUUAUUUGAUAAUGUCCAUAUACUAUAUUAUAGUUCAGUUUAUAUAAUUAUUACCCGUACAUAAACCAUGUGUGUGUUAAUAUGUUUGCUUACAAAUACAAUGUACGAACUUUGUACAACCCAUCAAUAUAUAUACAUAUAUAUGUGUGUGUGUGUGUGUGUGUGUGUGUGUGUGUGUGUGUGUGGUUACGAAGAUAAUAUACAUUGUAGAAUUCUAAAUAAAGUAUCAGUUCUGUUCUGUGUUAAGAUAAGCUAUCGUAGUAUUCUUAGCUGAUGUUUUUCGUACGUAUGAUUUAUUGAAUAUCUAAAUAUGUUUGAUAUUAAAAUGUGUUAUCUGACUCCAAAUAAAAUAAUAAGUCCAACAAAA